GAAACACUCACUCUUCGUGCUGCCGCAACUGCCAUUCAACUCGUUUCUUGUAUUACUUUCUUGUUCGCUUCCGUUUCCUCUGAUUUUCGUGGCCAUUACCGUCAGCCGCCGCCUUGGCAGAAACCUCCGUCUGCCGCCGUUAUGGACUCAACAACUUCAACACCUUCGCAUGCCACGUUCUCCGGAACAGCUGGAAUCUGUUUAAUGAGAAAUGAUUGGAAAGAGGAUCAACAUCCAUCGUUCAUCAAUUUUAUCUCCACUUUCCUCUCUGCAAAUUCUUUUCGCCUAAACUUUGUCCCGAUUGCCCCGGACUUUAUAUUCAACUGUGGGGGUUUAUCUGUAGCCUUCAUUUUUGUGACAAACUGGGACUGCUACAAUGUUGCUUCAAUCUUCAACAGAGUUAAGAAGCUGAAGAUGCAAUUUGCAAGGUUUUACGUGGUUCUCGCACUCCCAGCAAAAGAGCAAAUCAAUUCAUUUAUUCAGUCAUAUUUCACAUUUGGUAUGGUGAUUGGCAAGCCUACAUUUGUGCCAGUUCAGGACUUGGAGAUGGGGUUUGAAAAGAUGGUAAAAAUAGCUCAUUCUUCUGGAGUAUACAAGCAAGAAAGAAUUGGAGAGAAAUUGAAAGAUGAGAGGAAGCAGUUGGUGCAAAGAAUGGACUUUUACCUUAAGGUGGUUACAUCCAUCCCAGGCAUUGACAAUCACGAUGCAAAUGCGCUCAGUCAAGCUAUUGGUUCUGUCCAAGCAAUUGCAAAGGCGUCAAAAGAGCAAAUUCUAGAGAACACAGAUCUUUCUACCGACAAGGCAGGGUUGGUUUCAAGGUUUCUCAGGGACCCAAAGUUUUACUCGCGUCCUAAGAUCAAUUGAUGGCAGAGUAAUCCAGGUUGGACUUGUUUUUUGCCAAAUGAAAUAAGCACUCUUCUGCACUGUUUUUAUAUGGGAUAUUUGUUAUUCUCUUUAUCUUGUUAACUUCUGUGAAUCUGUAUAAAAUAAUACUCGUAGUUUCAAAUUUUGUUGACUGACAACCAUCAUAAGAAAGAACCAUUUUCGUGUUAUUUCCGAUGAUGACAUGCAGGUGUAGGCUCUUAGUCUUAUAUCUUGGUUUGAAGAAGUAUUAAUUAAUGAUAGACGGAAGCUUGACUAAAAAACACUUAUAGCCCCUUAGACUGUUCUUAGGUUACAAUGGAAUGACAACCAAAUC